UCUUUUCAUGAUAUAAUAUCGGUCGGCGUCUACACGACACCCUGCCUACGCUACAAAUCUGGAGGACUUUAUCGUCUCGCCUGGCAAUUGACACUCUCAUCUGCCGAUCAGUUUAGUCGGCCUGAUCCGUCCUUGGAUUCAGAUAAUGAGAGUGGAUUUAAAAGAUCCACUUCUGAAAUUUGGCGAUCAGAUUUGGCCAGUUAUAGUGGGUUUUCCAGUGAUGCAGAAACGACUGCUUUUUCUGUUGGUCCCAGCCUCUAUGAGAUGCAUUUGGGUUCCAGCUUUGAUCGAUCCUAUCCACCAGCAAGAAUGUCUACAUGUCAUCUGGCCGCCUCCGUUGCCUUGUCUCUCUGCCAGGAUGCGAAAAGUCUGUUUCCUUUGUCAGAUUCGUCGAUCUCGGAUGUCACCCGGAAGACGUUGCCUAGCACGCAGCCGGUGCGUUUCUCCUCCUUAUUCGACGACCCCGCAUUGCCCCAGUCUGCUGACGAGACGCAUAUUCGUCCAGAAGAACAGUGCUCCGCUCUCCAGGCGACCACCAACUGCUUCACUGAUUGUCUCAAAUCCUCCAUGAAUGAGUCCUACCUCUUGAACCGUCUGCCGGGCGUCAGUGUGGCGCGAGCUCUGACCACACUGACCGCCGGCGCCAGUCUCCUGGUUGGGCUUCGUUCCGAUUUGACCGGGCUGACUUGUCGACUAAACGCACGAGAUCAGUCGAUGCCUCUUACCCUCUGUCUUGCCAAGAAGUUAGGCUGGCAGAAACGGGAACAGUUAGCCGCCGUUUUCUACCAACUCUUGGAGACUGCCAAACUGACUGGAAUUGCUGUAGCUGGUUUUCGCAGACUACUCUCUUGCCCCUUGCUUCAUGGAUUAGACCUCGACAGUAAUUUGCAAAUGCCUUUUGAGGAUCUUAAUCGCCUGCUUAUUCAACUCACAGCUCUAGACACCAUAUACUAUCCACAAGUUGGGUAA